AUGUUCACUAGACAAUGUCCUUUAAAAUACUUAGUUGAUGUUAAAAUAAAACAUCACAAUUCAAUCAACUCACAUUGUAAUUGUGAAAAAGAAAAUGACGGCGGAUACAAACAAUCAAGAAGACAGAAGAAGAGUGAGAGAGAUAGACAGAGAGAUAGAGAGAGAAAAGAAAAAUCAAUAGAAAUAGAAAGUAAGUGA